AUGCUGUUGAAAAAUUGUGAGACCGACAAGCAGCGAGAUAUACGGUAUGCGUGUUUGUUCAAGGAACUAGAUGUGAAAGGAAAUGGUCAAGUCACUCUGGAUAAUCUAGUAAAUGCUUUCGAGAAGAACGACCAUCCCCUGAAGGGUAAUGAUGAGGCCAUUCGGAUGCUAUUUACUGCAAUGGAUGUUAACAAGGAUUCGGUUGUUGACUGGAGUGACUUCAAGAAGUACGCCUCCAAGGCUGAAUCUCAAAUUUGGAAUGGUUUUCAAAGGAUAGAUUUAGACCAUGACGGUAGGAUUGGUAUCAACGAAAUUAAUAGGUACUUGUCUGAUUUGGAUAAACAGAACAUAUGCAAUAAUGAACCCAGCAAAGAAAUUUCAAGUGAAAAGAUAAACAAAUUCUCGAGGUUCUUCAAAUGGGCAUUCUUAAAGAAGAAAAACAAUAUUGAGGCACAGGAUUCUGCUUCCCGCAACGAUGGUAACGAUAACGAUCGUCCGAAGCAAUCAACUAGUUCAGAUCCAUACGUUACAUAUGAUCAAUGGAGAGAUUUCUUAUUGCUGAUACCGAGAAAGCAAGGUUCUAGACUUCAUACCGCGUAUUCUUAUUUUUAUUUAUUUAAUGAAGAUGUUGACCUAUCUUCAGAAGGUGAUGUUACUCUGAUUAAUGAUUUCAUUCGUGGAUUUGGAUUUUUUAUUGCUGGUGGUAUAUCAGGUGUCAUUUCAAGGACAUGUACCGCACCAUUUGAUAGACUAAAAGUAUUUCUUAUUGCAAGAACAGAUCUAUCUUCGACUUUAUUAAAUUCAAAGACAAAUUUACUUGCCAAAAACCCCAACGCUGACAUAAAUAAGAUAUCAUCGCCCUUGGCGAAGGCAGUUAGAAGCCUGUAUAAACAGGGCGGAAUAAAAGCAUUUUACGUUGGAAAUGGUUUGAACGUCAUCAAGGUGUUCCCCGAAAGCUCAAUUAAGUUUGGUUCUUUUGAAAUCACCAAAAAAAUAAUGACCAGGCUUGAAGGCUGCCACGACACGAAAGAUCUUUCAAAGUUCUCCACUUAUAUUGCUGGUGGUUUAGCCGGUAUGGCAGCACAAUUUUCCGUAUAUCCUGUAGAUACUUUGAAAUUCAGAAUGCAAUGUGCUCCCUUGGACACCAAACUAAAGGGAAACAAACUGUUAUUUCAGACGGCGAAGGAUAUGUUCCGGGAAGGUGGGUUCAGAUUAUUCUACAGAGGUGUUACAGUUGGUAUCGUGGGUAUAUUCCCAUAUGCUGCAUUAGAUUUGGGGACUUUUUCAGCCUUGAAAAAAUGGUAUAUCGCUAAGCAGGCGAAGGCAUUAAACUUACCGCAAGACCAGGUCACAUUGAGCAAUUUGGUUGUACUACCGAUGGGUGCAUUUAGCGGGACUGUGGGGGCUUCCGUUGUGUAUCCAAUUAACCUUUUGAGAACAAGAUUGCAAGCGCAAGGAACAUACGCUCAUCCGUAUGUAUAUAACGGCUUUAGAGACGUACUAGCGAAGACCCUUGAAAGGGAAGGUUAUCAAGGCUUAUUCAAAGGGUUGGUUCCCACUCUAGCGAAAGUCUGCCCGGCGGUCUCCAUCAGCUACUUAUGUUACGAAAACCUGAAAAAAUUCAUGAAGCUAGAAUAA